AUGUGUGUGCUCUACGAGUCCCUAAAAGAGACAGGCCUCAACCCCCAUGGAUUCGCCCUGGGCCGGGCCCCUCUGGCUCCUCCUUACGCCGUGGUCCUCAUUUCCUGCUCCGGCCUGCUGGCCUUCAUCUUUCUCCUCCUCACCUGUCUGUGUUGCAAACAGGGUGAUGUCGGCUUCAAGGAGUUUGAGAACCCUGAAGGGGAGGAUUGCUCCGGGGAGUAUACUCCCCCAGCCGAGGAGACUUCCUCCUCACAGUCGCUGCCUGAUGUCUACAUUCUCCCGCUGGCUGAGGUCUCCCUGCCGAUGCCUGCUCCUCAGCCUUCACACUCAGACAUGACCACCCCCCUGGGCCUUAGCCGCCAGCACCUCAGCUACUUACAAGAGAUUGGGAGUGGCUGGUUUGGGAAGGUGAUCCUGGGAGAGAUUUUCUCCGACUACACCCCAGCCCAGGUGGUGGUGAAGGAGCUGCGAGCCAGCGCGGGGCCCCUGGAGCAGCGCAAGUUCAUCUCGGAAGCCCAGCCCUACAGGAGCCUGCAGCACCCCAACGUCCUCCAGUGCCUGGGCGUCUGUGUAGAGACACUUCCCUUCCUGCUGAUUAUGGAGUUCUGUCAACUGGGGGACCUGAAACGUUACCUCCGGGCCCAGAGGCCCCCUGAGGGUCUGUCCCCUGAGCUGCCCCCUCGAGACCUGCGGACGCUGCAGAGGAUGGGCCUGGAGAUCGCCCGCGGGCUGGCUCAUCUCCACUCCCACAACUACGUGCACAGUGACCUGGCUCUGCGCAACUGCCUGCUGACCUCCGACCUCACCGUGCGCAUCGGAGACUAUGGGCUAGCCCACAGCAACUAUAAGGAGGACUACUACCUGACCCCCGAGCGCCUGUGGAUCCCGCUGCGCUGGGCGGCGCCCGAGCUCCUUGGGGAGCUGCAUGGGACCUUCAUGGUGGUGGACCAGAGCCGCGAGAGCAACAUCUGGUCCCUGGGGGUGACCCUGUGGGAGCUCUUUGAGUUUGGGGCACAGCCCUACCGCCACCUCUCAGACGAGGAGGUCCUCGCCUUCGUGGUCCGCCAGCAGCACGUCAAGCUGGCCCGGCCAAGGCUCAAGCUGCCCUAUGCGGACUACUGGUACGAUAUCCUGCAGUCCUGCUGGCGGCCACCUGCCCAGCGCCCUUCGGCUUCUGAUCUCCAACUGCAGCUCACCUACCCUCUCUGAGCGUCCCCCUCGUGGCCCUGGCCCCCGCAGCACAGCGCGCCCCGCCCAGGGACCCUGUCCUCACCAUUCCCCCUUCUGGAUGGCUUCCCUGGGGCUGACCCCGACGAUGUGCUCACGGUCACUGAGAGCAGCCGUGGCCUCAACCUUGAGUGCCUGUGGGAGAAGGCGCGGCGGGGGGGGUGGCGGGAGGGGGGUGGGGGGGCGCCCCCUUGGCAGCCGGCGUCCGCGCCCCCGGCCCCCCAUGCCAACCCCUCCAACCCUUUCUAUGAGGCGCUGUCCACGCCCAGCGUGCUGCCGGUCAUCAGCGCCCGCAGCCCCUCAGUGAGCAGCGAGUACUACAUCCGUCUCGAGGAGCAUGGCUCCCCACCUGAGCCCCUCUUCCCCAAUGACUGGGACCCCCUGGACCCAGGAGUGCCUGCCCCCCAGGCCUCCCAGGCGCCAUCCGAGGUCCCCCAACUGGUGUCCGAGACCUGGGCUUCCCCCCUCUUCCCUGCAGCUCGUCCCUUCCCAGCCCAGUCCUCGGCAUCAGGCAGCUUCCUCCUGAGCGGCUGGGACCCCGAGGGCCGAGGUGCCGGGGAGACCCUGGCGGGAGACCCUGCCGAGGUGCUGGGGGAGCGGGGUACCGCCCCGUGGGCAGAAGAGGAGGAGGAGGAGGAGGAGGGCAGCUCCCCGGGGGAGGACAGCAGCAGCCUUGGGGGUGGCCCCAGCCGCCGGGGCCCCCUGCCCUGUCCCCUGUGCAGCCGAGAGGGGGCCUGCUCCUGCCUGCCCCUGGAGCGGGGGGAAGCCGUUGCUGGCUGGGGGGGCCACCCUGCUCUUGGCUGCCCCCAUCCCCCAGAGGACGACUCGUCCCUGCGGGCAGAGCGGGGCUCUCUGGACCCAGCCGUGUCUCCCGACCCUCCCUCGGCCGUGGCCAGUCCCGGUUCAGGCCUGUCGUCUCCGGGCCCCAAGCCGGGGGACAGCGGCUACGAGACCGAGACCCCUUUUUCCCCCGAGGGAGCCUUCCCAGGCGGGGGGGCAGCCGAGGAGGAAGGGGUCCCUCGACCACGGGCUCCCCCCGAGCCCCCCGACCCGGGAGCGCCCCGGCCACCCCCAGACCCGGGUCCCCACCCGCUGCCGGGGACUCGGGAGAAGCCGACCUUCGUAGUUCAAGUGAGCACCGAGCAACUGCUGAUGUCCCUGCGGGAGGACGUGACAAGGAACCUCCUGGGGGAGAAGGGGGCAAACCCCCGAGAGAUGGGACCCAGGAAGGUGGGGAGAGGCCCCGGGAACAGAGAGAAAGCCCAGGGCCCGAGCAGGGACCCCACAGUCCUGGGCAGCGGGAAGAAAGCCCCAAGCCCGAACGAGGACCCGAGCCUCCCCAUGAACGGGGUGACAGUGUUGGAGAACGGGGGACAGAGAGCCCUGGGCAUCGAGGAGAAGGUGGCGGAGAAUGGGGGCCCAGGGACCCCAGAGAGAGAAGAGAAAGUGCUGGAGAAAGUGCUGGAGAAUGGGGAGGUGACACACCCAAGGAGGGAGGAGAAAGUGUUGGAGAAUGGGGAGCUGAGGUCCCCCGAGAGAGAAGAGAAAGUGCUGGCGAAUGGGGGACUGACACCCUCAAAGAUCGAGAAGGUGUCAGAGAAUGGGGGCCUGAGACUCCCCAGGAACACGGAGAGGCUGCCAGAGACUGGGCCUUGGAAAGCCCCAGGGCCCUGGGAGAAGGCGCCCGAGAGUGGGGUGCCAGCCCCAGAGACCUCGCUGGAGAGAGCCCCCGAGCCCGGCGCAGUGGCCUUGUCCCAGAACGGCGGGGAGACAGCCCCUGGCCCCACUGGCCCAGCCCUCAGGAGCGGGGUGCUGGAACCCGGGACCGAGAGGAGAGCCCCCGAGACUGGGGGGGCACCGAGAGCCCCCGGGGUUGGGAGGCUGGACCUCGGGAGUGGGGGCCGAGCCCCAGUGGGCAUGGGGAUGGCCCACGGCGGCGGCCUCGGAAGCGGCGUGGACGCAAAGGCCGGAUGGGUAGACAGCACGAGGCCACAGCCGCCCCCACCGCCGCUGUCGGAAGCACAGCCGAGGAGGCCGGAGCCAGCGCCGCAGAGAGCCAGGCCGGAGGCGGCCUCCUCCGAGGGAGAGCCCGGGGCCCCAGACAGCAGGGCCGGCGGAGACACAGCACCCAGCACAGACGGGGACCCCCCCAAGCCCGAGAGGAAGGGCCCCGAGAUGCCACGACUGUUCCUGGACUUGGGGCCUCCUCAGGGGAACAGCGAGCAGAUCAAAGCCAAGCUCUCGCGGCUCUCUCUGGCGCUGCCGCCGCUCACGCUCACGCCGUUCCCGGGGCCGGGCCCGCGGCGACCCCCGUGGGAGGGCGCGGACGCCGGGGCGGCUGGCGGGGAGGCCGGCGGGGGGGGCCCCGUGGAGAACUGA